CUCCUGGUUACAGAGUGAAACUCCCAUUCUGUGUCGGCCUGUGUGUGUCCCAUUGUCAGGAGGUGGACUUGGAGCUGCCCAGAAAAUACUACAUUAUUAAACUUAAAUGUCUUCAAGAAAUGGAUAAAGUGAUGGUAGAUGGAAUACCAAUAUUUCAUUGGACCUCUGUAAAUGACAUUAUACACAAGAGGUGGUCAUUGAAUGAUACCAAACAAUCGCUACUACAGCGUGAAUGGAAGACCUCAAAUCGAUCACAACAUUUGGAAGAAAUAAAGUCAGGUUCAGAGACAGUCAUUAGGACACCUCGUCCUGGUUCUAUUGUGAGCCAAAGGAAGGCAUUCUUUGAAUCACAUCUAAAAUUGCCAGCCUCAGUUACAAAGGACCCAACAGAACACGGUAAAAUCCCAGCGACACUGAAGCUCUGCAAUCCAGAUCUAGCUGGCAGUGGCAUUGUGGAUCGUGGUCAUAGACCAUGCCAAUUUUCAAAGGAUGACGAUAAUGUAAAUAUCAUAGAAGCUAAGUCAGGAAAAGAGGGCACCAUUCUGAAACACUCUGCCGUUGAGAAAGGAAGGCAACUAGUUGGUCUGUACCAGGCUAUUUGUGAGAAGGUUAAGCAAUCGUCACAUGAUUCAAAGCAAGAGAUUGGUGUGGAAGAAGGAUUUGUGCCUCACAAGGAAAAACCACCCCAGACACUUCAGGACAGGCUACAACAUUUGCUGAGUGAAGAUUCAGAUCAUCAGGAAGAAAGGGAAGAGAAAAUAGUUCAAUUUUCAUCUCUACAGACAAACCCACACUGUGUUCAAAUGUCAGCAUUUGGUGAUGAAAAUCCUGGUGAACAAGGAUCAGAUUCUCCACAUCUGGGCUCAGUGAUUCAAGCAUCAAGCAGCAACUCUGUGUCCACUGGAACCACAGGACGAUCACAACUGGAAGAUAUCAGACAACAUCUGCAGUCCCUGGAAGCAAAUUACCAGGAACUUGUCACACUUCUUUCAAGGGAGAGCAGGACUGUACCAGUGCAUCGAAAGUUACUGCAUAAGCAGAAAGGACAAAGUCCUGUGAAACAUGGCAAACUAUUAGCACAGCUCACAUUACAGCGACAGAAAGAUCUUUGGUAUUUAUCAGGGAGCAGUAGUUUGAAUAGAUGA